AUGAGUUACACUUUAUCGCCGGGCGCCGUCCCUGAUGUCGAACCACAGCUUGACGUUCCCGACGAGUGGCGCCAGAAUCUCAGCGUGCGCAUGGUCUGCCCUGAUUGCAAGGAGGACCCUCCCAACCUUGUCGAAGACCCUCAGGCUGCCGAUGUCAUCUGUGAAGACUGUGGCAUGGUUCUCUCGCAACGUGGUAUCGAUCAGCGUGCCGAAUGGCGUACUUUCGCAAAUGACGACCAAGGCAACGAUGACCCUUCGCGUGUCGGUGACGGUCCCAAUCUUCUGCUGAACGGCAGUCAGCUGCAGACCAACAUUGCCUUUGGCGAUGGCUCGUUGAGAAGCAAAGAGCUCCACCGCGCACAAAGCAAGGCCAACCUUGACAAGGGAAACAAAAACCUGCUGCAAGCCUUUAAGCAGAUUGGUGCUUACUGCGACUCUUAUGAUCUUCCCAACGUCGUUGCCGAUGCUGCCAAGCACAUUUUCAAAGACGCAGAAGACUCGAAAAACUUCAAAGGCAAGUCGACCGAGGCCAUCAUUGCCGGCUGCAUCUUCAUUGCAUGUCGCCGCAACAAAGUCCCUCGUACUUUCCGUGAAAUCUAUGACAUGACCCAUGUCUCCAAGAAAGAGAUUGGGAGAACCUUCAAGCUGCUCGAGUCAAUGCUCGCCAAGCAAGAAAGGCAAUCUGGAGGCAAGGCCAAAGUCAUGGGCAACGGUGUUGUGGGCAUCCACGAAGCAUACCAAGGGACUGUUACUACCAACCCCGACGAACUCUGCAGUCGUUUCUGUGCCCAACUCGGCAUGGACUUUGCCACCACCGAAGUCGCCAAGAGCCUCGCUUUGGGAAUGGCGAGUAUUGGUGCUCUUGCUGGUCGUUCGCCUCUAUCUGGGGCUGCCGCAUGUAUUUACAUGGCCAGCUUGCUCAUGGAUCAAGUCAGGUCCCCCAAGGCCAUCGGAGAAGUUGCAAAAGUUAGUGACAGCACGAUCCGCAGCGCCUACAAGAGCCUGUACGCAGAGAAAGAGACUCUACUUUCCGAGGACAUUCUCAAGAGAGGCGCUGAUGUGGACAAACUGCUCAAACCCACCAACUGA